ACCCUCUCUUCGUCAUCUCUGCAACUGCAAUAUUCAUUCACAGCUGUCACGCGUAACGAAAAUGGCGACAGCAAGACGAAACUUCCCGUCGAUAACAGAAUGCAACGGAACCAACUCGUCGCCGAGGGAGUCCGUUGCCGCUGACCUCGACGGCACGCUCCUCAUCUCCCGCAGUUCAUUCCCGUACUUCAUGAUGGUGGCCGUCGAAGCCGGCAGCCUCCUCCGCGGCUUCAUCCUCCUCCUCUCCGUUCCGCUCAUCAUCUUCGCUUACCUCUUCGUCUCAGAAUCCCUCGGCAUCCAGAUCCUCAUCUUCAUCUCCUACUCCGGACUCAAGAUCCGUGACAUCGAACUCGUGUCCCGUGCGGUUCUCCCUAGGUUUUAUGCUGCGGACGUGAGAAAGGAGAGCUUCGAGAUGUUCGACCGGUGCAAGAAGAAGGUCGUGGUGACGGCGAAUCCAACAGUGAUGGUGGAGCCGUUCGUGAAGGACUUUCUUGGUGGAGACAAGGUGCUGGGAACGGAGAUCGAAGUGAAUCCGAAGACGAAGAAGGCUACCGGAUUCGUGAAGAAGCCUGGCGUGCUCGUCGGAAAGUGGAAGCGUCUAGCCGUUGCAAAAGAGUUCGCUGAGGAGUCGCCGGACAUUGGACUCGGAGAUCGUAAAACUGACUUCGAUUUCAUGUCUAUUUGCAAGGAGGGUUACAUGGUGCCUCCGAGCAAAUCAGCAAAACCAGUCCCACAGGAGCGACUUAAGAGCAGGAUAAUCUUCCACGACGGUCGUUUCGUGCAGAAGCCAGACCCACUCAACGCUCUCAUGACCUUCCUAUGGCUACCCUUUGGUUUUAUUCUCUCCAUUAUACGGGUCUACUUCAACCUUCCCCUCCUCGAACGCAUCGUGCGCUACACCUACGAAAUGCUCGGCAUCAAGCUCGUCAUCCGUGGCCACCGCCCUCCACCACCGUCUCCUGGCACCCCCGGCAACCUCUACGUAUGCAACCACCGCACCGCCCUUGACCCCAUCGUCAUCGCUAUCGCCCUCGGCCGCAAGGUCUCCUGCGUCACCUACAGCGUCAGCAAGCUCUCCCGCUUCCUUUCGCCCAUCCCCGCCGUCGCCCUCACUCGCGACCGCGCUGCCGACGCCGCCCGCAUCACCGAGAUCCUCCAGAAGGGUGACCUGGUCGUCUGCCCCGAAGGCACGACGUGUCGCGAGCCCUUUUUGCUUCGCUUCAGCGCCCUCUUCGCCGAACUGAGCGACAGAAUCGUUCCCGUGGCUGUGGACUGCAAGCAGAACAUGUUCUUUGGAACCACUGUUCGUGGUAUAAAAUUCUGGGACCCUUACUUCUUCUUCAUGAACCCUAGGCCAGUUUACGAGGUUACCUUCCUGGAGCCGUUGCCGGAGGAGAUGUCGUGCAAGGCAGGGGGAAAGAGCUCAAUUGAGGUGGCGAAUCAUGUGCAGAAGGUGUUGGGGGAUGUGUUAGGGUUCGAGUGCACGGGGUUGACUAGGAAGGAUAAGUACAUGCUGUUGGGUGGGAAUGAUGGGAAGGUGGAGUCUCUGUAUGGUUCUAAGAAGUAAAAGAUUAAUCGCAUGAGAUUAGGAGUUACAUGGUUCGAUUGAUAUAGAAAAAUGUUAGCUAUUGCUACUUUAUUAUUUUUCCUCAUCCCCACUGCAACUUUAUUAUUUUUCUUCAUCCUUCUACAUGGGAUUUUGUCAUGGAUGUGACUGUUUUAAGUCUUUUUCAAACUUUUUAGAUGU